AUGGAGUAUGAUAAUCCAAAGAAACACUCUAUUAUGAAAAAUGCUCGCGUACAGACGAAACAAACAGCUAUUCCAUUAAAUCAUGAACUAAGGCGAUAUGAACGACCACCACCUAGCAGAAAUGUUCGUAUACAGACUGAAUUAACAUCGAUUGGCACCGACGAUGAAACGAUGCACUAUCGUCGAAAUCCGAAAAAGAUGCCAGUUCAGAUCGUCUACGAUCCAUCGUAUGUACCGGGUGUAGCGUAUCCAAACUUCAACGAUAAAGACACACUUGUUCAAAACGAUGCAAACGAUACCACAGGUGAUAAGCUCGACAGAGAUCUACGAUCGGAAAAAGACGAUACGACAACACCACCAAGUCAAACAGUCGCAGCCGAACCAACCGAUCUUCCAACAGAACCCAUUCUCGAGUAUGCCGACGAACCACUCCUACCACUAGCUGAAGCAUGUGCUCCUCUCGACACCAUUCUACACAAUCUUUCCUAUUACGUCCAGCUAGCUUUGGAAGAAACACCUCAAGAACCGCCCGAUCAUCUCACCAUCGACGAAAGUGCUGCUAUUCGCUUGUACACCAUCGAAUGGGAUCGACCACAUCGAAGUCUCUAUUCCAUGCUCAACUACACUCUCAAAAAUGAGAACAGAGAAAAACUCCGACCAUACUUCAGGUACAUGAAACUCUUCAUCACCGCUCUUGUCAAACUACCCUGUGUGCCACCACUCACUGUUUGGCGAGGUGUCACAAAAGAUUUGAGUCAAGAGUUUCCACCUGGCACUCCUGUCACCUGGUGGGCCUUCUCAUCCUGUACAACCGAACUGACUGUUCUCGAAAAUAACAUGUAUCUCGGCAACAGUGGAAGUCGAACACUGUUCUCCGUCGAAGUCAUCAAUGGUCGAACAGUUCGUGCACAUUCACAUUUCGUCACCGAAGACGAACUUCUUCUUCUACCUGGCACACACAUGAUAGUUCAGUCACUGUUCAGUCCAGCACCUCAACUACACAUCAUUCACUUGAAACAAGUCAUUCCUGACGAACCUCUUCUCAAGCCACCAUACGAAGGUGCACUGAUAUUUCCGAAAGUGAAAAAGUCUUGGUACAAACAGAAGCGAUUUGUGAUUCCAGUAUGUUUGCUGUUAGCUUUGGCUAUCACAGGUGCUGUGAUUGGUGGUGUUUUAGGAGCCAAAGCUAAACAGGACGCGAAUAAUAGUGGAGUACAACGAUGUACGACACCUUAUCUUAGCCAAGCUAGCAAAUAUGCUACGGGUCGGAAUCCGGUGGCGGCAACCUUAGGGGACUUUAAUAAUGAUUCAAAUUUAGAUAUUGCAGUCAUCAAUCAACAAGAUAAUGAUGUAGUUGUAUUGUUGGGUGAUGGUCAAGGAAACUUUCAAUUUCAAGACACAAUUUAUGCUGGAUCUCAACCAAAUUACGGGAUAUUUUACGACUUCAACGACGAUCAAAAGGAUGAUCUCGUAUGGAGUAAUCCACAAUCAAAUACUGUUAGUUUGAUGAUUAGUAAUGGCGAUGGAACAUUUCAGCAGGCAAUAGAUUAUUCUGUUGGUGAAGUUCCAUCUUUUAUUGUAGUGGAUGAUUUCAACGAUGAUAACACACCAGAUCUAGCUGUGACUAAUAAAGGUUCUAACACCGUUAGUGUGCUAAUCGGUUAUGGAUUUGGAGUGUUUCAGAGUGGAGACGAUGUCGACGUUAGCUCAGCACCCAAGGGCAUUGCCUCAGGUGAUUUCAAUAACGACAGUUUUGUAGAUUUAGUGGUGAUUAAUUCAGGAAACGGAUAUGUUAGCGUUCUACUCGGUUUUGGAAAUGGAUCUUUCAAUGACCAGUCGCUACUUCCGCUCUAUUUGGGUAUAUCGACCGUGGUAGUGGAUGAUUUUAAUAACGAUACAAAGCUCGAUCUAGCAGUCUUGAAUGAUUUUGGUCUCGUGAGCAUUCUAUUCGGAUACGGCAAUGCAAACUUUAGCGCACCAACGAAUUAUUAUAUCGGCAACGCACCUACUGCAAUUAUAGAUGGCUAUUUCAAUAAUGACAGUUAUAUUGACCUCGCAAUGACAAAUUCUGGCGAUGAUACCGUCAGCGUACUGUUGGGUGAAGCUGGCGGCACUUUUCAAACAGCAACAGUGUACAAUGUAAGCGGCAGUCCUUAUGCUUUAGUAUCCCAGGAUUUUAACAGUGAUGGAUUCUAUGAUUUGGCUGUUGCCAAUUACGGAGAUGCUAGCAUUAGUAUCUUAAUGAACUCUCAAAAUGGAACUUUCCAGACACAGGUUAUUUAUAGCGUCGGCGCGCUUCCAAUUAGUAUUGACGCAGGUCUAUGCAAUCGGGAUAACUACAUUGAUAUAAUUAUUUUCAACUACGGUGAUAGUACUAUCAGUCUGAUUUUUGGCACCGGCAAUGGAACAUUUCCUUCAUAUCCAAAAUAUCCAGUUGGAUCCCGUCCCAGCUACAUCAUAUCUGCUGAUUUCAACAACGAUACCAUAUUAGAUAUGGCUGUCACAAAUCAAGGCAGUCAGCAAGUGGGUAUUUUAAUGGGUCUUGGCAACGGGAUAUUUCCCGGAUUUUCCACUUAUCCAACAGAUAAUUCUCCUAGAGCUAUUCUCUCAGGUCACUUCAACAAUGACACACGUUUAGAUGUAGCUGUGAUUACUUCGGACAAUCUCGAUAUAUUCAUAGGAACAAAAAAUGGUGCGUUGGGGCAGAGAACAUCCUAUCCACUUCCUACAAAACCUAUUGCCAUGGUAUCUGGUGACUUCACUGGUGAUAAUCUUACAGAUAUAGCAACAGUAUCUCGUACAGAUAGCUCCAUUACCAUAGUUCUUCAUACUGCCACCAGUUCAUUCAACGAGACUAUACCUGUUAGUAUUCCUAGUCCCGCUUGUGGCAUCACCACAAACUAUUUCAACAGCGACAAUCUACUAGAUCUCGCAGUCACCAGCUGCGACAACAGUACUAUAUACGUUCUUCUUGCCAGUGCACUUGGCACAUUUUCAUCGCCGAUUUCAUAUUCUGUUAGUAGUAGGCCGACCUCGAUUAUAUCUACUUAUAUUGACAAUGACAAAGUCUUUGACUUAGUUGUUGCCAACAGUGCCAACAAUACCGUUAGUCUACUCCUCGGAAAUUCUGACGGAACUUUUCAAGAUCAGAAAACUUAUGCAGUUGGGACGACGCCAAACUUCAUUGCAUCGAACGAUUUCAAUAACGACAGUUUUCAAGAUAUAGUCGUUGUCAACACGGGAAGCAAUUCUGUUAGCGUCUUGUUGAAUGAUAAAAGUGGAUCGUUCAAAACUCAAACAAAAUAUUCAGUUGGCGCUUUUCCAUCAUGUGUGACGACUGGUGACUUCAACUUUGAUAAAAUAGUCGAUUUAAUUGUAACAAACUCUGGAGACAAUUCAUUCGCACUUUUAAUUGGUUCCGGAGAUGGAACUUUUGCGAUACAUUCAGAAUAUGGUACUGGUAAUAUACCUGUAUUUGUUAUAACCAAUGAUUUUAACAACGAUUCACUGUCUGACCUAGCAGUUAUUGCUAGUAAAAGUAAUACUUUUAACUUAUUUACUGGAGACAAAAAGAUUAUCUUUCAAGCACAGCGUGUGUACCCAACUGGCAGUCAACCGGCUUUUGUUCUAGCAAACGAUUUCAAUAAUGAUAAGAUCCUCGAUCUUGCUGUAGCUAACUCAGCUAGUGUCACUGUAACUAUCUUACUGGGCAAAGGAAACGGUUACUUUACUUACGGACAAGAUUUAAAAACUGGAACCUCGACAAGUUGUUUAGCAGCAAAUGACUUUAAUCAGGAUAAAAAAGUAGAUCUUGUUGUGAUUAAUUAUAGCGCAAAUAGUAUUGGAGUGUGGUUAGGGUCAGGCAAUGGGACAUUUACAUUGAAACAAACCUACAAAGUUGGUUCAUAUCCCGUAUUUAUUACAACGAAUGAUUUCAACCGUGACAACUUCGUUGAUCUAGCUGUAACCAAUAAGAAUCAAGAUAAUUUCUAUGUCUUUUUUGGAAAGGGUGAUGGGACUUUCCGUUUAUCUACUACAAAUUUCACAGUUGGCACCAGUCCAUUGUCGAUCAUAUCGUAUGAUUUUAAUAAUGAUACGUAUGCCGAUUUAGCAGUAACCAACUUUGUUAGCAAUGAUAUAAACAUCUUUCUUGGUAAUGGCGAUGAAACAUUUGAAGGUAUCUCAGAAAUUUCAACUGGCAACGAUCCUACUUCAGUCGUAGCUGGUGAUCUCAAUCAUGAUACCAGACUGGAUUUAGUUUCGUUGAACACACUUGACGGAGCACUAUCUAUUUUUAUCAAUUCGUGUAAAAAAGUAAACAAAUAG